AUGAAUAUCAGAAAAUUAGAAAUUGCCCAUAUUUUCAUAUGCUACACUUUUAAUUAAUUAAGAAUUUUCCCUUAUCUCUUGGAAAUAUUGUAAGUGAAGUUAAUUAUAUGGGAUAAAAGAAAAUUAGCUAAGUAUAAAGUGUUUUAAUAAUAAAUAAUAAUUUUUAUAUUUAUUUUAAAGUCAUUCUUCAUGGAGUAACUGCUUGAACGAUACUAAGAAUUAGAAAAACGCAAUAAUGAAGAAUUAGAACAUGACAAAUCGAUAACUCAUUUAUUGUAUAUAGAAGGAUUUAAGUGGGAUGAUUUGGAUAAAAUAAAGAAAAUUAAUAAAAUUUCACAAGCUAAGGUAGAAAAGAGAAUAACUUUAGUUUAAGAUUUUGGGUUACUGAGAAGAGAAGUAGAACCACAUUCAACAGAGAAUGAGUAUUGCAAAAAGUUGCUUAAAGACAUUGAUAUGCAUAUAUAUUCGAUCAUGUUUGAGAUAGACAAAUUGGAGUAGUUGAAGCAAAAAUCGCAACGAUUCUUGAGACUUCAAAGUUAACCGAAUAUAAAGCCAGAGACUGCUCCAACUGACUUAAUGACUCAAACAGGAGGUUUAUUGUCGAGUACAAGUGAUGGGUAGACUCGGAUGUACAAAAGCAGUUUUCAGUUUUAUCGAGCUUAAAGAGAUCAAUAGAUUCAAUCACACAACUAGAAAUGGAUAGAGAAACAAUACAGCAUUUAAAAAAAAUUAGUUGAAGACGAAAAGGAGUUUUAGAAGUUCCGUUUUGAGAUUGAAGUAAAGCAAAUGAAGGCUGAAAUGAAUUUGGAGGAGUAUUAGCAAUGGUAGGCUCGAUAGUUGAAGGAAUAGGAGGAGUUGAAUUCGAAGAGAUUGCAAUUGCAUAAGGAUAGAAUGCUUAAGGAUCAAUAAUAAAGAUAGGCAACAUUGGAGUAGAAGAUGCAGAGGAAGGAAAAACAGUUGAAAAAGCAAAUGUCAUUAUUGCAGGAUUUUCAUGAAGAGCAGAAACAAUAAAAAGAGGAGCACUUUUUAAAGAUUCUUUAGAAGUCAAUGGGUGCUUUGAAUGACAAGGACAAAUUCAAUUAAUAUUAGAAAGAGUAAUCGGAAAAAAAAGAAUUGGAAAACUUAAGGAAAUUAAAGUAUAUAGAAGAAUCUAAAUAGUGGACAAAGUAAUAGUUUUAGAAGUAAGCAGAAUAAAAGUAAUAGAAAAUAGAAAGAGCAAAUCAUAUUUUAGCAACUUAGGAUUAUUAGAGACGAGAGAAAUUCGACGAGAAAGAAAAGAAGAAAUUAAAUUAUAUGGAAAAGUGCAAGAAGACUUUUUCGGAAUAUUAGCAUAUGAUUAAUAAAGGAAAGGAGGAUAAAAUGCACAAUUUUUAGAUUAAUAAAGCUAUAGAGGAUGCGAGUCGAGAGUAAUUGAUAAAGUAUCAGUUUGAGAGGAGAUCUAAUAGUUAGGCUUAGGCUCAGAGAUUGAAGGAGAGACGAUUAAAGAUAUACUAAGAGGAGAAGGCAGGAGAACAUUUAAUAAAAUAGUUAGAGAUUAAUCAGAGAUUAAAUUAAUUAGAGUGGGAACAGGAAUUAAAAAGAAGAAAGCAAUAGAUUUUGGAGGACGAAUAAAGAUAGCGAUAAUUGAUGAUAGAAAAUGAUGCGAGAGAGACUAUGAGGGAAAGGGAAAAGAAUGCUAGGAAAUUAGAGAUAGAAAAGGAGUCGAGAGAAAAGGAAAUGAAGACACUCAAGUAUUUGAAGGUUUGA